CAAAGACUCAGAGACCAAGCAAGUGCUCCGGCAAAGACCUUCACUGCAGAUUGGCUUGACCUGGAAGUAACCAAGGGGUCGACUGAGACAAGGAUAAAGAUGACUUCUGAAGACUGUUCCAUAACGGAGACCAGCUCCUUGCAUCUGGAUAAAGAACGACAAAGUGAUGCCCCCAGGCCUCAUUUUGCAACUCAUCACGAAGGGUCCAUUCACGUCCCUAUCCCGUGUGCCGUCCUGAACGUGGUCUUCAUCACCGUUUUAGUCAUAGCUCUUGUUGCUUUAUCAGUGGGCCAGUACAAUUGUCCAGGCCAAUAUAUGUCCCCAGUGCCAUCAAACAGCCAUGUUUCCUCAUGCUCAGAUGACUGGAUCCAGUACCAGAGGAAAUACUAUCUUAUUUCCAAGAAAACAAGGAACUGGACCUUGGCCCAAGAAUUCUGCUCCAAACACAGUGCUACACUUGCUCUCAUUGACUCUGAAGAGGACAUGAUCUUUUUGAAACAACACGUGGGUAGAGCAGAACACUGGAUUGGGCUGAAAAAUGAAGCUGGCCAGACAUGGAAAUGGUCAAACGGCAAAGAAUUUAACAACUGGUUCAACCUGACGGGCUCGGAGGACUGUGCAUUUCUGAACAGCACAGAGGUCGGCAGCACCGCGUGCAAGAAGAAUCUACACUGGAUUUGCAGCAAGCCCGCCAAAUGAAGAGGGCUCGCAUUUGCUUGUAGACGAUGCCAGCGAGGAACUCAAGGAAACUUGUGUCAGUGAAUGCUGCUCUACGAUGAGAUGUUUUCCAGAAAGACUUUGUGAAAAAAAAAAAAAGAAAAAAAAGAAACAACUUUGUGUUAUUUUGGAAACCUUCUUCCAAACAAGAAUGUGGGGAAAAAGGGAGGCAAAACUCCAGUAGUACCCGCAUCGUGGAAUCCUCCUGCCAUCAGCUGACAAUGUCACGGGGUGACUGAUAAUUUUGUCCAAGAACGAGAAAAACCACUUCCAAGCUUUGGAAUGCACUUUAUAUAUUUUCUAAUUCAGAAGUAAUAAAAUAACUAGGUUUUAGAGUUAUUAUUUAUUGUUGAAUGACUACGAACAGUGAGCACCCUUCAUUCACGUGCACUGUAUGAAGGAGGUAGCAGGUGGUACUCAAAACUGAUGUAAACAGAGAAGGUCUAACUGGCAACACAGAUGUUUAGUCUAAACGUAUUUUUUUUAAUUUAGAGAACAUUUAUAAGUGGGCGAAUGCUUAUGAAACUAAGCUUUGUAAUAUUUCUCUCUUUGUUAAGAAGUUUGUCAAGUUAUUUUGUCACUUCUCACCCCAAAAGAAUGGGAUGAUCGUGUAUUUAUGGUUUUUUUUUUUUUUUUUUUACUUCUUCAACGUAGACUUGUCUUUUUCAACGGUACACAAUGCAUUGCCUUAUACACAGUGUUUUACAGAGAUAAAGACAAAAGCAAAGAAUAUGAGGAAUAUUUGUAAAGCAGAUAAAGCGUGUUGGAAAAUGUGCAAUAUGUGGUGCGGUAAACCCUAAUCAGGGAAAAGUCUGUAUUGUUCAAACCUGGGAUAAUAUUCGUCCUCUCCGAUCAUCAGUGUGUGCCUUUCCUGGUCAAUUCCACCACGUGCAAUACUUCAUUUGAAGUAUUUUCUAAGUGCAAUAAAGUGCGUUUAUUUGUUUGUCUUUUGUAUUCAGUGCAAAUUAUAAGCUGUUUUUAUGUAUGUUAAAAUAAAAGUAGAAUCAACAAAA